AAGUGCACGUGGUGGGAACAAAAGGCUAAAUCCCGGUCCAGGUGCACCCUUUAAAGUCUUCAGCAGACUCCCCACACUCUCUCUCUCUUGCUAAAUAUAAGAUCAAAUCAAAAGAGAAGAAGUAAGGUCGCAAAUGAGAUGAAUCGUGUGAGUCUGGCUCCUGUAUCAGAGGAGCUCUCAAAUGAAGAAAGCUGCAGCAAAAAAGCUCAAACGUGGACCAACUGGCUGAGAAACCAUUUCCCUCAGCUUUUCCACAAGAAAUCUGAUCUCAAGAUUCUCUUGAGCGUUCUUGGCUGCCCCCUCUUCCCCGUUUCAGUCGACUCCCUCCUCCCCAUUUCUCAAGUGUCUUCCUCGGCUCAAUACAUAAUCCACCACUUCACAGCCGCAACCGGCUGCCGGAGGCUGGAGGGGGAGGUCAAGAACAUGUACGCAACCGGGACGGUGGCGAUGGCCAUGGUGGGUGACCCUGCUGGUGUUCCCCAAAAGGGCUGCUUCGUCAUAUGGCAAAUGGUUCCUGACAAAUGGCUGAUCGAGCUGGCUGUGGCCGGCCACAAGGUCGUCGCAGGUAGCGAUGGCAAUCUGGCUUGGCGCCACACCCCCUGGCUCGGUGCUCAUGCCGCCAAAGGGGGCGUCCGCCCUCUCCGACGCGCUCUUCAGGGACUGGAUCCACUAGCCAUAUCAAAGGUCUUCUCUUUCGCUCAGUACAUGGGGGAGAAGCACAUCUCAGGUGUCGACUGCUUCGUGCUCAAGUUGUCAGCAGAGCACGGCGAUCUAGCUGAGAGGAGCGACACGACUGCUGAGAUGAUCAAGCAUGUGAGUGUGGGCUACUUCAGCCAGAGGAGCGGCCUCCUCGUCUACUUGGAAGACUCAUACUUAACCAGAAUCCAGACCCCUGGCUGCCACCCUACAUACUGGGAAACCACCAUGUCCACUAAAGUGGAUGACUACCGUCCUGUGGAGGGGAUGAUGAUCGCCCAUUCUGGCCAAUCCAGCGUCGUCAUUACAAGGUUUGGAGAUAACCUCAGAGCAGGGCAUGGGGUUACCAGGAUGGAAGAGAGUUACAGCAUUGAUGAUCUUGCUUUUAAUGUUCCCGGGCUUUCCUUGGACACAUUCAUUCCUCCCCAAGAGAUGCACAAAGACUAUCCUCAACAGAAUCUUGAUUGGAGAUCACCAUUACACCGAUGACUAGCUGUUUUCUUCAAAUUUCUCUGUAUUUUGGUGUUUAAGAUAUGUAAAGAACCACUUUUGCAAGUGUCUAGACUCUAGUUGAGGAUGUGUAUUCCUCUCCUUGAUAUGAUACAAAUUAAGAUUGUAGCACACUUUCUCAUCAGCUUCUUGUCUAACCAGUGUUUCUAGAGAUUAAUAGUAGUAGUUUUCAUUUUUCA